GUGCCAUAUAAUACGUCCACCGCAUCCAGUCCCAUAAAGACCAUUCAUUUUCCAGCAAUUAAAUAAUUACGUAUGGAAAAAAUCGUGCAUCAUCAAAUUUGUUGUUCUGGAUAUUAAUAUUGAAGGGGUUUGCGUUACACUGCGGCCUUAAGAUCUAUUCGUAUUUACUGUCUGAGCUGCAUAAAGCACCAUGGACACAACCAAAAAGUACAAUAACCCUAGUCCAGAAAACAAAGCUAAUAUAAUAUCUAAGUUGUUUUUCUGUUGGUUGUUGCCGUUUUUCAAAUAUGGAUACACAAAUGACUUGGAAGUGCAGGAUGUGUUCAAUACAACAAAAUCUGAUUCAAGUGAGGACUUGGCAGAUACGCUGGAAAGACAUUGGUUGAAUGAAGUGAGGAUCGCUGAGAAGAGUACAAAAAAGCCUAGUUUACAAGUGGCCAUUCAAAAAACAUUUUGGAAGCCUUACGCAAUCAUAGCAUCUGUCUCUCUGUUCAGAGCGAUUAUGUACACAUUUUGCAUGCCUACGGUUUUAGCCGAAUUCAUCAAUUUUUUCAACAGCCCCAUGCGGAAUAAUGAGGAGGGAUGGUUUCUUGGAGCCAGCGUCAUACUCAUGUCCUUUUUGAAUUGUGUUUUGAAUCAUCACUGCAAUCUUUAUUCUAAUAGAAUUGGAAUGAGAAUAAGAAUAGCCUGUUCAUCUCUUAUAUACAGAAAGGUGUUGAGACUCGAUAAAAUAUCUUUGGAUGAUACGGACGUUGGGAAAUUGGUGAAUUUAUUAUCCAACGACGUCAAUAGAUUCGAUCAAGCUGUGGGAAAUCUGCCCAAUAUAUGGAUCAUGCCUUUUCAAGCCACCCUUGGUACUUAUGUCAUGUACACUUAUGUUGGUGUCGCAGCAUUUGCUGGAAUUGGCACCAUGAUACUUCAAGCCGUACCCAUACAAGGGACGCUGUCGAAACUUCAGGGAAAAUUGAGAUAUAAAAUUGCCUUAAGAACGGAUCGGAGAGUUAAACUGAUGAAUGAAAUUGUGAUGGGAAUUCAAGUUAUUAAAAUGUAUGCAUGGGAAAAACCUUUUGAAAAUAUGGUAUCGCUCUUGAGGAAGUAUGAAAUUGAAGUCUUAACGAAAACAUCUUAUAUCAAAGGAAUAUCUGCAGCAAUAAUGGUCUUCACUGAAAGAUUCACAUUGUACAUUAUCGUUGUAACAUACGUUUUGUUAGGCAAUGAACUUACUGGAGGAGUAGUAUUUUCAAUGUCACAAAUAAUUAAUACGCUACAAUUAUACAUCUGUAUAUUGUUCCCAAUGGCCCUUUCAAGUUAUGCUGAAACGAAAACUUCAAUUUUCCGCAUAGAAGAGUUUCUUACGAAGAGCGAAAGACCUGAAAUUCCAAAAAAAUUGGGUACUUCGGGGUUGAAACCUGGUUUGGUGAAAUUAGAAAAGGUUCAUGCCAGUUGGACACCGAAUCCUAUUGUUGACACAUUAGUCAACUUAUCGUUCGAAUUGAAACCUGGAAGUUUUUGUUGCAUUAUAGGUAAUGUAGGAUCUGGAAAAAGUUCUAUUCUUCAUCUUUUAUUGAGAGAAUUGUCGUUAACUUCCGGUGAAAUUCAAAUUGGAGGCUCAGUAUCCUAUGCUUCUCAAGAAUCUUGGCUCUUUGCUUCCAGUGUGAGAAACAAUAUAUUGUUUGGUCAACCAUUCUACAAGGAGAAGUACUAUAAAGUUAUUAAGGCAUGUGCCUUACAAAGGGAUUUCGAAUUAUUCCCCUUCGGAGAUAAGACUAAUGUUGGAGAGAGAGGUGUUUCAUUAAGUGGGGGGCAACGAGCAAGAAUCAAUUUGGCUAGAGCUGUGUAUAGAGACGCCGAUAUAUAUUUAUUUGAUGAUCCUCUUUCAGCAGUUGAUCCACAUGUAGCGAAACACCUGGUAGAAAAAUGCAUUCUUCAACAUUUACACGAUAAAACUCGAAUUUUAGUAACUCAUCAGAUGCACUUCCUGAAUCAUGCGGACUUCAUUCUAGUACUUAAUAAUGGUAAAGUUGAGAAAUUUAUUCGACCAAUAGAGCUCUCCACAAAUGAGUUGAAACUUUUGCGGCAGACAAGUUCUACAGAGGUUCCACCAAAUGAAUCAUCUCCAUCGAAAUCAACAAUUUCUCUGAAGUCAUUCGGUUUAGGUGAUCAGGAAGAACUAGGCGAAGAACCCAAGGAAACACAAGAACUUAUUGAACGAGGUUCAAUGUCAUUUUCAGUAUAUAAAGAUUAUUAUAGGGCGGGUGCGAGUACUUUCUUUCUAUUGAUUGAAAUUCUUCUUCUCAUACUGGCUCAAACAGCUUGCAAUGGUGGGGAUUUAUGGGUCACAUUCUGGACGAAUAAUGUUGGUAAAGUAGAGACAUAUUCGAAGUUAUCUACUGGAACUUCAAUGAAUACAGAACCGUCCAUUAUUUCAAACUCAACAGACUACUUCAAAACAACAAUGGAGCCUCAAGUAAACACAACUUUUGAAUCAUUUUCAACCACAGAAACGUCUUUGGUCAAUAUUGUACCCAGUGAUGCUUCGAACAAUGUAUUUUAUAUACAGGUUUAUACAUUAUUUAUUGUGAUAGCGAUCGUACUUACAACAUUGAGAUCUCUUCUUUUCUACAAAAUCUGUAUGAAUGCUUCAAUCAAUCUGCAUAACUUGAUUUUCACCAACGUCCUUCAAGCUACUAUGAGAUUUUUUGACACCAAUCCCUCAGGAAGAAUUUUGAACCGAUUUUCCAAAGAUAUGGGUUCAAUUGAUGAGCUAUUACCUUACGCUACUCUUAUGGCAGCUCAAGUGUUUUUAGUAGCAGCAGGUAUUCUCAGUAUGACUUUCAUAAAGUCUUGGUGGAUGAUAUUCCCAACAAUCAUUCUUGGAGCAAUUCUUAACUGGUUUAGAAAAGUUUUUAUGAAAGCUGCUCAAGAUGUGAAGAGACUUGAAGGAAUAACGAAGGCACCUGUAUUCUCAUAUGUUGCGGCCUCCUUAGAUGGUUUACCGACAAUAAGGUCUGCGAAUGCUGAAGAUAUGGUAAGAAGAGAAUUUGAUGCAAUUCAGGAUCAGCAUACUUCGACAUGGUACUUAUUCAUUGCCGCAUUUGAAGCGUUUGGGUUUUAUUUAGAUAUGGUAUCUAUUCUGUUUCUGGUCAUAGCUACAGUGCAGUUCCUCCUCAAUGAUGAGGCCCUUGCUGGUGAUGUCGGGUUAGUCAUAUCGCAAAGUCUGAUCAUCAUAGGUAUGCUACAAUUCGGAAUUCGAAACACAGCGGAGGUAUCAAGCCAUAUGACAAGUGUUGAAAGAGUAUUACAAUAUACUAAGUUAGAGAAGGAAGGACCAUUUUCCUCAUUGCCGGGAAAUUUACCUCCUAGAGAUUGGCCAGAAGCUGGUAGAAUUACUUUCAAAAAUGUUUAUUUGCGAUAUGUUCCUGAUGAAGAACCAGUUUUGAAAAACCUUACUCUAGAAAUAGAUCCUGGUCAAAAGAUUGGAAUCGUUGGAAGGACCGGAGCAGGAAAAUCGACGCUUAUAUCGGCACUGUUCAGAUUGGCAUCCACAGAAGGUUCUAUAGAAAUUGAUUGUGUCAAUAUUCUCAAGGUUGGUUUGUCAGAUUUGAGGAGCAAAAUUUCAAUAAUACCUCAAGAGCCCAUUUUAUUUUCUGAGAGUGUCAGAUAUAAUUUAGAUCCAUUCGGAAAGAGUGACGAUCUCACACUGUGGAAAGUUCUAGACAAUGUUGAAUUGAAAUCAGCUGUCGAUAGUUUGGAAAUGAAAGUAAGUGAAGGAGGCUCGAACUUCAGUGCUGGUCAACGACAGUUACUAUGUUUGGCAAGAGCAAUAGUCAGAAACAAUAAAAUAUUAGUUAUGGACGAAGCCACAGCAAAUGUUGAUCCGCAAACUGAUGAGCUAAUUCAAACAACAAUUAGGAAGAACUUUGCAGAUUGUACUGUUUUGACUGUUGCACAUAGGUUGAACACCAUAAUGGAUUCUGAUAAAGUCAUUGUUAUGGAUGCAGGAGAGUUGAGGGAGUUUGCAUCCCCGCAUGAAUUACUCCAAAAUAAAGAAGGAUUCUUCAGUAAAAUGGUUGCAGAAACGGGAAGUCAAAUGGAAGCAAAGUUACGCAAGAUGGCUGAGGAGCAUUAUAGGAAAGAGAACACCAUCUUGAACUAAUAAUUUGGAUGUAUUACAGAAAAGAAAUUUGACAAAAAUCAUAAUUGAUCUUAACAUAAGCAUUAUAUUAUUGAAGCUUGUAGACAUUCUUUAGUAAGUAUUUGGAGCACUUUGAAAAGUUCAAAAUAAUUAAAAAAUAAUUCUGUAUCGCUUGGCCUAAGCGACAAAAAUUUUCAAAGAAGCAAAAAUAUUUAUAAAUAAGUAAAAAUUUGCUUUCCAAGCAGGAUUCGAGUUUCAAGUUUUUCAGCUAGGAAACCUCUCCUUACUUGGGAGAGGAUAGUAAACUUCUUACUUUCCGGAUUUUUCUGUAUUUUGGCUCAUGAACAUCUAAACUAUAUUAUAUUCACCAAAACGUCUAUUUCCAAAGUUGUAAGGCGUUGAAUUUGGUAUGUGAAAACUUUUCCUUAGCUUAAUAUAUAUUAACCGAGCAACAGUCGGAGGGCCGAUUAAAGUUACGAGGAAUUUUCUCGAAAUCGCAAACAUUGGCAAAGAACUAUCAAUUAUCAGUUCAAUGGUAAUAACGGUAAUAACACGGGGCUAAACAAUUGACUUCUUUAUUAAGUGUAAAUAAUGUAGUUGAAGUAAAGGUAUAAUAACCAAGAAUUAAUUAAAGAAUAUAAUUGAUAUAAGAAUAAUGGUCUACUAUAUACUAAAAGAAAAUGGAACAUAGAAAUGGUGAAAAAUGGUAGGAGGUUUCGCGUUAUACCGCGCCCGCAGGGCGCGGGCAGUCGGUAGCAAAGCUUGCGACUGCCUCUACGAGAAUCGCCGUUUCCAAAACUGUAUAAAACGUCCGGAUCGAAGCCCGGGAAGUAUUCGAAAAUAAUUUCCGAAAAAGUUCAAUUUCGACGAUUUUCGUCGUUUUCGCAAAAGGUGCCUAACGUUCUGGGCUUGGUCGAACGAACGGAAACUUUUCGGGGUCCGGGAACGGGCUAUGUCGUAUCCCGAAGGACCGUAUUCGCUCCAGUUAACACCCUUGCCCACUUUUAAGGCCCCCAAAUAUCCGAAAAUUGCUUAAGAAAAAAGGGAAAUUUUGACAAUUCUCAAUGUCACCAAAUUAAAUUAUUUUCUAUCGAUGAUCGGAGAAAAUUUUAUGAACUUUGACAAUCAAUGUCAGUUCAUGAUUUAUAGGUUAACGUCAAUUUUGACUGAAGUAUCGUGGAAGCGAUCACCGAACGGGAUGAUUUGAAUCGAACAAACACAUAGAAUGACGAUUUUUGGCCUUGGUAUUUCUAAAAGGGCGAAUAGCGAGGGCCGUAGGCCCGAGCUACGGGCGAAAGGCGAAUCUGCCCGUAAAGGUGAAUCUACGUACGAGGUGGAUCUCCUGGCCAUACUAGUAAUGUAUUCUAUAAAACAAGUGAAUACAAUGUAUAUAUAAAAACUUCAGGAUGUAUCUCAAGUCAUCGAGGUUGUCCUUCAUAUAGUGUAACCAGAAAUUUCUCUCUAACGUCAACUACUGACGACAGUGACUUCUCGACAACUGAGACAGCAGUCUUUACGAUCAGCACAUAACCGUCUUCUACUUCCUGCUUGAUUCGGAUCCUCUUGAUCCGCCUGAUCAGCCUUCAGCGUCUUUAUGAAAAUAGUCCGUUUGUGUUGUUCGGGAAAAAUUUUGCCUGCGUGAUGGUGCUGACUGAGGUUUUUUUUGGGAUAAUACGAUAAUACUACAAUGAAAUUGCUCCCUAAGUGCCUUUUGUGCAUUGCACGUAGUUUUAAGACAUUAAUAGGAAUACAGCUUCGCCAGACUUCAUCCAAAUCACAGCAGGAUUAUUGACAUGCAUUUUCUGGCGCUGAAAUCUACUUCACCUGCGAUGAUAAGGAAUGCAUCAAACAGCUUCGAUUAACUGCUUUUAUGCAAUGCUUCUUCUGUAAACAGAGACAUAAAAGGCAAGUUAAUACGUGUAAGUCCGUACGGCCAUCCUCGUAUUGUUUUGUGAUUUUUGGAAUGAAGUCAACGAGUCUACUGUGAUCUUUUUCUCUUUGAUUCAGCUUUACUUUUUUGCCAAUUUUCGCCAUUUUGAGAAAAAAAUUUUAAGUUUGUUCGGCCCUGUGUCUGUUAAUAU